AGUGGGGUGGGCACGCGAAGAUGGAAGCUGCCGAGGAGGGGCCGAAACCCAAAAAGCUGAAGGUGGAGGGUCUGCGUGUGCUGAGUGAAAAUGUCCUUUUUGGCAUGGGAAAUCCACUUCUUGACAUCACUGCUAUAAUAGACAAGGAUUUUCUUGAUAAGUAUUCUCUUAAACCAAAUGACCAAAUCUUGGCUGAAGACAAACACAAGGAACUGUUUGAUGAAAUUGUAAAAAAAUUCAAAGUCGAAUAUCAUGCUGGUGGCUCUACGCAGAAUUCCAUUAAAGUGGCCCAGUGGAUGAUCCAGCAGCCAAACAAAGCUGCCACAUUUUUUGGCUGCAAUGGGACAGAUAAAUUUGGGGAGAUCCUGAAGAAAAAGGCCGCGGAGGCCCAGGUGGACGCGCAUUCCUAUGAGCAGAAUGAACAGCCCACAGAAACGUGUGCUGCGUGCAUCACGGGCAGCAACCGGUCACUCGUGGCUAACCUUGCAGUUGCCAAUUGUUAUAAGAAGGAAAAACAUCUCGAUAUGGAGAAAAACUGGACACUGGUAGAAAAGGCUAGAGUUUAUUAUAUCGCAGGAUUUUUCCUUACAGUCUCUCCGGAAUCAGUGUUAAAAGUGGCUCACUAUGCUUCUGAAAAGAACAGAAUCUUUACAUUGAAUUUGUCUGCACCAUUUAUUAGCCAAUUCUACAAAGACUCAUUGAUGAAAGUUCUGCCUUAUGUUGACAUACUUCUUGGAAAUGAGACAGAAGCUGCCACUUUUGCUAGAGAGCAAGGCUUUGAGACUGACGGCAUUAAAGAGAUAGCCAAAAGGGCGCAAGCGCUGCCAAAAGUGAACUCCAAAAGGCAACGGAUCGUGGUUUUUACCCAAGGGAAGGAUGAAACUAUCAUGGCUACGGAAAGUGAAGUCACCACUUUUGCAGUCUUGGAGAAGGACCAGAAAGAAAUCGUUGAUACCAAUGGUGCUGGAAAUGCAUUUGUUGGAGGUUUUUCUGUCUCAGCUCGUCUCUGAAAAGCCCCUGACUGAACGCGGCCGUGCUGGCCACUACGCAGCAAGUGUCAUAAUCAAGAGAACUGGCUGUACCUUCCCCGAGAAGCCAGACUUCCGCUGACGGGAAGCAGGAGUCCGACCCCGGGAGGACAGACACUGCCCUGACUGCAUCCCGAGAACUCCCACAUCAGUCAAGGAGAAAAUUGUCUGCCAUCUUUUCCGACUCUGAUAAUGUUCAUU